AUGGACUCGAUAGGCGAGCCGACGCUAGUGACUUCGCUCCGCUUACAGCGCGGCGAAGUUACUUGCGUGAGCGCGGCCGGAGCUCGCCUCGCGACGGGCAGCGGUGAUGGCACCCUGCGACUUUGGACGUGGCACCGGGACGUUACCUGGGUCGAGCAAGCGGAGUAUCCGAGGGCACACCGUUAUGGAAUUACAGGAGCAAAAUUUGCAUCAUCUGGACUUUUAUUGGCAACUGUAGGAGUAGAUGGCGCGGCUCGUUUGUGGGCUGUGCACGAGACUCUCGUCGUGAGACGAACCAUGGCGGCGCCAGACGCGGCGGCGGCGCGGUCGCUUCAGUGGGCGAUGAGUGAGAGAUUGAUAGUUGGACACGAUGAUGGGGGAAUACGAGUAUGGGCUAUUCGGUCGGGAACACUGCUCGCACACGUGCGGCCUCAUGAAGGAGCCGUCUACGCUAUCGCAACACCGGCCGCCGCUGCACUCUUAUUAACUGCCUGCACUGAUGGAGUGCUGAAAGUCUUUGAGUUGGAUGAAGUUAUUGCACACGGAAGAGAAGGCGAUGUAGGUCCACCACCACUACUAUGGGAGGAUGGAGCGCAUGAUUUAGGAGCGCUUUGUGCUACGGAUUGCUUUGGAGGAGCGGCGACGGGCGGACACGAUGGGCGCGUGCGUGUAUGGCGCGUGCAGGGGGCGGGCGGUGAGCGGCACGUGGUGGCUGGCGUCGUGCUGAUCGGGCACACUGCCGCCGUCACUGGGCUGAGUUGGGUCAGAGACGUGCUCGCCUCGGCGUCGCUAGACCGCACGGCACGGCUGUGGAACUCCGACUCUGCUGUUUGCAUCCGAGUGUUGCACGCACACUCGCGUUAUCUUACGUGCGUGACUCUUGCAAGUGAUUUGCGUUACAUGGUUACCGCUUCCAAUGACAAGUCUAUUCGGACAUGGUCGUUGGGAAAUUUUUCUUUUAAUGACGAUAUAGAGCCACAUUGUAAUCCUCUUGUUCAUUUCGGUCUCGGCGAUCUUGAGGGUAUCGGUCCAGUUGACGACAGUGAGUCGACAGAUAUAGAACAUUUAGAAGAAGGCUUAAUAUGUACAAACUCUGAUAUUCGUUGCUUGGCGCGCGUCUCCCACGUUGCCGCCAUCAAUGCUAUUGCUGUUUCAAAGGACCAUAUUGCCACUGCUUGCAGUGAUGGAUUCGUGCGAUUAUUCAAAUGGUUAAAACAAGAUGACAUUACGAUCGAGUUAGAGUUCGAGUUGGCAGCUCACUCAUAUCCUGUGCUAGCGGCUGAUUUUGGCGCCGAUGGAACCUUAUUGUUAAGUGGUGGUCUCGACGGAUGUGCUCGUCUUUGGGAUGUGCAAUCAGGUUGUGAGCUGGUGGUGGUUUCAGCAGAGAGUGUGCACGCGUGCGCGGGCGAGGGCGGCGGGGAGGGCGGCGGGGGCGUGCGCGACGCGCGUCUGCGCCCGCGCCGCCCGCCGCAGGUAUUGGUGGCCAGCGACGACGGCCUCGCCGCGCUGUGGGGCAUCGACCCACCCAGCCCGGACCCCUUGCAGUUUAGUGGUUUUGUU